GAAACAAUUUAUAUAUCUCGAAUAGCAACGCUGAAUUUAUGAAGUCGUAACGAAAAUAAAUUAUUUUAUUUUGUAAUUCAUCCAAUUUGAUGCAAUAAUAAAAUGUCUGAGAACUGUCAUAUGGUACAAGAGUGCUUUGAAAGGAACUGGUCACUAAAGAAGUAUGAAGAGAUAGCUGAAAGACUCUCGACGCCAACAUUUAGUUGCAGUUCAACAGAGAAACUACCCCCACUCCCACCUAUAGCGAAGCACGAAGUCCCAUCGCCACUGUAUGCUAUGGUCACACGGAAUGCUACACAUCCACCUUUAAUGAAUUCUUUUACCCUGACUAAAGCUUCCCCUUUCAAGGAACAGAAAUACUGGCGCUCACCUAGUCAAUCUAUUGGGAACAAUUUUUCUCCAAACGCUGCUAACUUAUCAAUGCAAAGUCUAGCAAAAUGUGACGGAUUAUUUAAAAUCCGUUCCAGAAAAAUAAAAGAAAAGGACGAAUCUAAGAGCAGGAAACGUUUUAGAGUUAUGUCCCCAGAGGAGCAGAUCGAUCAAAUGAAAACCUUGGAGAAAGAAAGAAAUACUAACCGUCAGAAGCCAUCAGAAAGAGAUAUAGAAAGAUAUACUUACUAUAUAAAUAAAGGUAUACCAGAUUUUAUGCUUGCUCCAUUACCAAAUGAACUAUGGGAAAGUUUACAAAAAUACCUACCAUGGAGUUUAACAUUGACAUGGCCAACUCAAAUAGUUGAUUUACAACAAGAAAUACAUGAUGAUUAUGUAUAUGCUGUAAAAAAAUCUAUCGUCGACUACAUUCUACUAGAUCCAGAGGAAAGAAAAAGAUUGUUUAUUGAAUCGUUGCCUAUUCCAUACCCAAACUUCGUUAUUCGAGCUCCUGUUCCAUGGCAUACAACACGUAAAAAAGCAUAUGAAUUCUGUAAACAAUAUUUAUUUACAAUUGGCCCAAUACCAUUAGCACUACAAAAAAUUUGGUGCACAGAAUUUUCUCAUCUACGUUUUGUAAAUUAUGAUGAAUUAGUAAAUCUUCCAGAACCUUUGGAGCCAAUAGAAUUUGAAAAACUUAUCAUUCAACAAUGUCAAAAUACAAGAGAAAUAUUACGUAAAAAUUGGAUACCAACAUGUGCAAAGACUAUUACUGAAUUAAGUAAUACAUGGUCUCAUUUAAUGCCAGUUAGUUCAUCUGAUUCAAUGGAGUUAGUUCGAUUAUUUUUCGCAUGUAUAUCAGCCUUAAUGUCUCGACAGUUACGUGAUAUUGUAAAUAUAUCUUUACAAGAUUUACUAAAGGUAUUACAAAUUCAUGAAAAUGGAAAUAAAUUUGAAGAACAAUAUGAUGAAUUGAAAUAUUUGCAUAGAUCACCAAUUUUAUUAAAAUUACAUAUAUCUGAUCCAAAAAUUAUAUUUAUACCUAGUUUUCGUGAAAUUCGAGACUGUCUAUUACAUUGUUUUCAAGCAAUAACAAAUGCUGCGGAAAAUUUGCCUAGAGUUGAAGUGGAUAUUUUCCCAGAACUAAGUUCACAUUCAUUAUACUUACGUUCAGUAACAUUUAGUGAUCAAUCAAUAAUUGAAUAUACAGAUCAAGCAAUGAUUAUUUUUCGUGCUAAUUCAAUAGGACCAAAAGAUUAUUUGGAACUAUAUCGUCCAUAUAGUAAUUUAUUUACUAAUAAAGCGGAAUUAGAAUUGAAACAUUUUCUAAAAGAACGUCAUUCAUUAUUAGCUAUUAAAAAGAAAGUUGAAAGUUUACAAGAUUUGAAUACUGAACUCUUAUUGUUACGACAAACAGUUCCGAUGAGUUUAUUUUGUUUAAAUUGUCAAGAUGUAAAUGAUGAAUUAGUUAAACGUGUGUGGAAACUGCAUGAUCUAAUAGCUACAUAUGAAAUGGAUGAAAAUCGUGAUGCAAACAAAAGAAUUUCUUGUCAGUAUGAUGAAAUAACGAACAGACUAGGUGAAACGCCGAUGAAUACAGAAGAUUUAGUGAAACUACAAACAUAUUUACGUGAAGUAGGCAAUACAUUAGUAUUUAAAUUGAAAGAAGAAGUAGCUGAAGCUGCAGAACGACUAAAUUUUCUAUUGGAUUAUGCUCUUUUAUCAUAUGAUGAUAUCAAAUUAAAUGCUACAUUAUUUAAUUGGCCUGAACAAAUUAUGACUAUAAUUGAUAAUACAAAUAUACGUUUAACAACAUUACGUGAAAAUGCUGAAGAUGAUUUAAAACAAAGAAUAAAAGACUUAGAAAAACGUAUAACUAAUGCAUGGGAUCGUAUUAAUUUAAUGCGUCGUCGUGAAGUAAUUUCACUUGAUGAAAUGCUAAAAUCUCAAUCAAUUCUUGAUGAUUUUCAAGCUGAUCUAGAAAGAUUUACAUUGGAUGCUGAACAAAUCAAUAAAGAAGAAAGUCUUGUUGGUUGGGAGCAAACAUCAUUCCCGCAAAUUGUAGAACUUAAACAACAAAUGGAACCAUUUGAUAAUUUAUGGCGUACUGCACUUGCAUUUGAUGUAUAUAAUAAAGAAUGGUUUGAAUCACCAUAUCAUACAUUGAAUCCAAAUGAGAUUGAACAACAAAUUACUGAUAUGUAUAGAAUAAUGCAUAAACUUACCAAAACUUUAACUGAACUACCAGGACCAUCUAAGGUGGCACAAAAAGUUAAGGAUAAACUAACUAAAUUUCAACAGUUUUUACCAAUUAUUCACAUUGUCUGUAAUCCAGGCAUACAAUCACGUCAUUGGGAUCAAAUGAGUGAAAUUGUAGGCUUUGAUAUUAAACCAAUGGAAGAUACUAAAUUAGUGACAUUUUUAGAAUAUGGUUUAAAACCAUAUUUGGAACAAUUAGAAGAAGUUGGUGCUGGAGCUGCUAAAGAACAUCAACUUGAAAUGGCUAUAGCUAAAAUGAAAGGUGAAUGGAGUUUAAUGAAGUUUGAAUUGAUAUCUUACAGGGAUACAGGAAUAUCUAUAUUAUCAGCAGUUGAUGAUAUACAAGUUAUAUUAGAUGAUCAUAUCAUUAAAGCGCAAACAAUGCGUAGUUCACCAUAUAUUAAGCCAUUUGAAGAAGAAAUGAUUUCAUGGGAAACAAAGCUGAUUUCAAUGAAUGAUAUAUUAGAUGUAUGGUUGAAAGUACAAGCUACAUGGUUAUAUUUGGAGCCCAUAUUUUCAUCUGAGGAUAUUUUAGCACAAAUGCCUGAAGAAGGUCGUAAAUUUGGUAUUGUUGAUGUAAUAUGGCGUGAAAUAAUGUCUGAGACAGCAUUAAAUCCAAAUUGUUUAAUAGCUACUGAUCAAAGAGACAUGUUAAAACGGUUAAAUGACGCAUAUUUAUUACUCGAAGAAAUACAAAAAGGAUUAAAUGAUUAUUUAGAAAAGAAGCGAUUAUAUUUCCCACGAUUCUUCUUCUUAUCCAAUGACGAAUUAUUAGAAAUUUUAUCCGAAACAAAAGAUCCCCAAAGGGUUCAACCACAUUUAAAAAAGUGUUUCGAAGGUAUCAGCCGAUUAAUAUUUACAGAACAACAAGAAAUUAUUGGAAUGACGUCAGCGGAAUCUGAAUCAGUACCGUUUGUUACAAAAAUUCAUCCAGCUAAAGCUAAGGGUAUGGUUGAAAAAUGGUUAUUACAAGUUGAAGAUGUUAUGUUUAGCAGUUUAAGAAAAGUGAUUGCCGAUAGUGUUCAUGCAUAUCCUGAUAUUUUAAGAAAAAAAUGGGUAUUAGAUUGGCCAGGUCAAGUUGUUAUUUGUGUAUCAAGCAUUUAUUGGACAAAAGAAGUACAAGAAUCUAUUAAAAAUAAUCAAUUAACUGAAUAUCAUAAUAAAUGUAACCAACAAAUUGAUGAUAUCGUACAAUUAGUAAGAGGAAAAUUAACUAGUGGUGAACGAAUCACAUUAGGUGCACUUACAGUAAUUGAUGUACAUGCACGGGAUGUGGUAACGUCUAUGGUUAAGAAUAAAGUGAGUUCAAUUCAAGAUUUUGAAUGGUUAAGUCAACUGAGAUAUUAUUUCUUACCAGAAGAAUCGAAUAAAGUAACUGUAUGCCAAAUAACAACUGAAUUAGAUUAUGGUUAUGAAUAUUUAGGCAAUACUCCAAGAUUAGUGAUUACACCAUUGACGGAUCGAUGUUAUCGAACACUUAUGGGUGCAUUAAAAUUAAAUUUGGGUGGUGCACCAGAAGGACCAGCAGGAACUGGAAAAACGGAAACAUGCAAAGACUUAGCUAAAGCUAUUGCAAAACAAUGCGUUGUAUUCAACUGUUCCGAUGGUCUUGAUUAUCGUGCAAUGAGUAAAUUUUUCAAAGGACUAGCACAAGCUGGUGCAUGGGCAUGUUUCGACGAAUUCAAUCGUAUUGAAUUAGAAGUAUUAUCAGUAGUUGCUCAACAAAUUCAUUGUAUACAAACAGCUAUCAGUGCUGGAUUGAAACGUUUUGUAUUUGAAGGUACAGAAUUAAGCUUAAACCCAACGUGUACAAUGUUUAUUACAAUGAAUCCAGGUUAUGCUGGGCGUCAAGAAUUACCAGAUAAUUUGAAAGUUCUAUUUCGUUCAGUUGCUAUGAUGGUUCCUGAUUAUGCACUUAUCGGUGAAAUAUCUUUAUAUUCAAUGGGUUUCAUUGAUGCUAGAUCAUUAUCUAGUAAAAUUGUAGCUACAUAUCGUUUAUGCUCAGAACAAUUAUCAUCACAACAUCAUUAUGAUUAUGGUAUGCGUGCUGUUAAAUCAGUAUUAACAGCAGCUGGUAAUUUACGUCAAAAAUAUAUAAAUGAAAAUGAAUCAGUAUUAUUAUUAAAAGCAAUUAAUGAUGUAAAUUUACCAAAAUUUUUAUCAUAUGAUAUACCAUUAUUUGAAGGUAUUAUAUCAGAUUUAUUCCCUGGGAUACAAUUACCUAAAUAUGAUUAUAAUCAAUUUAUUGAUUGUUUACAUGAACAAUUAAAUAAUCAUCAAUUACAAUAUAUACCAUGGUAUUUAAAUAAAAUUUUACAAAUUUAUGAAAUGAUACUUGUUAGACAUGGUUUAAUGAUUGUUGGUGAUACAUUAAGCGGUAAAACUAAAUCAUAUCAAAUAUUAGCUAAUACAAUUAAUAAAUUAAUUGAAACUAAUCAAAUUAAUAAUGAAUAUUUAGUACAAUAUAGUAUUAUUAAUCCAAAAUCAAUAACUAUAGGACAAUUAUAUGGACAAUUUGAUAUUGUAUCACAUGAAUGGUCCGAUGGUAUAUUAUCUAUUAUAUUUCGUGAAUAUGCUACAAUACAAGAUAAUAAACGUAAAUGGAUAUUAUUUGAUGGACCAGUUGAUGCUGUAUGGAUUGAAAAUAUGAAUACUGUAUUAGAUGAUAAUAAAAAAUUAUGUUUAAUGUCAGGUGAAAUUAUACAAAUGUCAUCAUUAAUGAAUUUAAUAUUUGAACCAGCUGAUUUAGAACAAGCUAGUCCAGCAACUGUAUCAAGAUGUGGUAUGAUUUAUAUGGAACCAGAACAAUUAGGUUGGAGACCAAUGGUUAAAUCAUAUAUAGAUUAUCAAUUACCAAAUAAUUUAAUAAAUGAAUUAAAAGAAUUAAUUAAUGAUCUUUUUGAAUGGCUUGUUGAUCCAUGUUUAGAAUUUAUACAAACUAAUUGUAGACAAUUAUUUUCUAUAUCUAAUUUACAUGCUGUUAAACAAUUAAUUACAUUAUUUGAUUGUUUAUUAGAUGAAAUAAGACAUUGGUGUACAUUAGAUCAAAAUACGGAAACACCGGAAAUUGGUUCACCACAAGCGAAUAUGUCUGUUCAAACUGUUUAUUUACAAAUUCAAGCAUUAUUUCUUUUCUCAAUUGUAUGGAGUUUAGGAUCAUGUUUACCAACUGAAUCAAGAGGAAAAUUUGAUUUGUUUUUUCGUGAUCUAAUUUCUGGUACAAAUCAACAACAUCCUAAGCCAAAAACAAUUAAAUUAACUAAAGCGAAUUCAUUUCCAGAACGUCAAACUGUUUAUGAUUUUUGGUUUGAUAAAAAAUCUCAAGGAUCAUGGACUGAUUGGAUUAAUUUUAAUUGGAAUCCAAUGAAAGCUGGACAAUGUUAUAAUCCUAAUGAAUCAUUAUCUAUAACAAAUUCUGAAAGUGGUAUACUGAAUUCAUCAAGUUCAAUUGGAAUUGAUAAUGAUUCACAAAGUGAUAUGAUUGUUAGUACAAUUGAAACUGAACGAAUGUAUUACUUUCUUAAUCUGUAUACAACACAUCGUAUUCCAUUACUUCUAGUUGGACCAACAGGAACUGGUAAAUCUGUCAUUGCUAAUAAUUAUCUUAUUCAAUUACCUAAAGAAAAUUACUUACCAAAUAUUUUGAAUUUUUCUGCACGUACAACUGCUAAUCAAACACAAGAUAUUAUUAUGUCACGUUUAGAUAGACGACGCAAAUGUGUAUAUGGUCCACCUAUAGGUAAACAAUGUAUUGUAUUUAUUGAUGACUUAAAUAUGCCAAUGAAAGAGAAAUAUGGCGCUCAACCACCUAUUGAAUUAUUACGUAUGUGGAUUGAUCAUAAUCAUUGGUAUGAUAGAAAAGAUAAUACAAAACAAUAUUUAGUUGAUGUACAAUUUAUGGCUGCUAUGGGACCACCUGGAGGUGGACGAAACAAUAUUACAUCACGUUUAACUAGACAUACAAAUGUAUUAGGUGUCAAUGAAUUUGAUGAUCAAACAAUGUUAAAAAUAUUUACUACUAUUACCGAUGCACACUUUUCGAAUGGUUUUGAACCACAAUUUAUGAGAUUAAGUAAAAUAUUAGUUCAAGCAACUUUACAUGUUUACAAAUUGUCUAUAUCAACAUUUUUACCAACACCAGCUAAAUCCCAUUAUAUAUUUAAUUUACGUGAUUUUGCAAGAGUUAUUAAAGGUAUACGUUUAAUACCAUCAAGUAAUAUGAAAGAAGAAGAUAAGUUAAUGCGUUUGUGGAUACAUGAGGUAUAUCGUGUAUUCUAUGAUCGAUUAACAAUGACGGAAGAUGAAAAUUAUUUCUUUGAUAUUAUUCGUCAAACAUGUUCUGAUAUAUUUCGUACUAAUAUUGAUAAAAUAUUAAGUCAUUUAAGUUUAAGUGGACGUGUUACUGAUAAUGAUAUUAGAAAUUUAUUAUUUGGUAAUUAUAUACAAGAUGAUAGUUGUUAUGAUGAAGUAACUGAUUAUAAAUUACUUAUAAAACGUAUGGAAAAUUAUUUAAAUGAUUAUAAUACAAUUUCUAAAACACCAAUGAAUCUUGUUAUGUUUAAAUAUGCUAUUGAACAUAUUAGUCGUGUAGCACGUGUUUUAUUACAAGAUAAUGGUCAUGCAUUAUUAGUUGGUGUCGGAGGUAGUGGUCGUCAAAGUGCUACACGUUUAGCUAGUCAUAUUGCUGAUCAUGAAUUAUUUGUCAUUGAAAUAACACGUACAUACGGUGUAAAUGAAUGGCGUGAUGAUAUUAAACGUUUAUUACUUAAAACUGGUUUAGAAGCUAAAUCCACUGUAUUCUUAAUUACCGAUAAUCAAUUAAAGCAUGAAUCAUUUAUGGAAGAUAUAUCAAUGUUAUUAAAUUCAGGUGAUGUACCAAAUUUAUUCCCACCAGAUGAAAAAGCUGAAUUAAUAGAUAAAGUACAAAAUAUUGUACGUUUAGAAGCAAAAAAAGCCGGUGUUAAAAUUGAACCAGAUCCAUUAGCAAUGUAUACAUAUUUUACACAAAGAGUUAAAAAGCAUUUACAUAUUGUGUUAGUUAUGAGUCCGAUUGGAGAUGCUUUUCGAUCACGGCUACGUAUGUUCCCAUCUUUGAUUAAUUGUUGUACAAUUGACUGGUUUCAUGUUUGGCCUGAAGAUGCAUUAGAAAUGGUUGCAAAUAAAUGUUUUGAAGGUAUUGAAUUCGCAGAAAAUAUACGUGAAUCAUCUGUUACUUUAUGUAAAUACUUUCAUGAAAGUGUAAGAAAAUUAGCUGAAAAAUUUUUAGAGGUAUUACGUCGACAUAGUUAUGUAACACCAACAUCAUAUUUAGAAAUGAUACUUACAUUUAAAAAAUUAUUACAUCAGAAACGGACUGAAUUAACUACAAUGCGUAAUCGAUAUUUAACUGGUUUAGAAAAAUUAGAAUUUGCUGCAAAUGAAGUUGGUAAAAUGCAAAUUGAAUUACGUAAUUUACAACCAUUACUUAUUGAGACAAGUGCAGAAACUGAUAAAUUAUUACAUAAAAUUGCACAAGAAUCUGUUGAAGUUGAAGCACAACGUGAAAUUGUUGCAUCCGAUGAAAUGAUUGCUAAUCAAUCUGCAUCUAUAUCGAAAGCAAUUAAAGAUGAAUGUGAAUCGGAUUUAGCUGAAGCUAUGCCAAUAUUAAACGAUGCAUUAUCAUCUUUAGAUACAUUAAAACAAAGUGAUAUUACAUUAGUUAAAUCAAUGAAAAAUCCACCAAAUGUUGUAAAAUUAGUUAUGGAAGCUGUUUGUAUAAUGUUAAAUGAAAAAGCUGAUCGUAAACCAGAUGGUACAGGUCGAAUGAUUGAAGAUUAUUGGGGUCCAUCAUUAAAAUUAUUAAGUGAUUUGAAAUUUUUAGAUCGUUUAAAAAAUUAUCCAAUUGAUAAUAUUUCUAUAAAUAUUAUGAAAAAAAUUCGUGAUAAUUAUAUACCAAAUACAGAUUUUGAUCCAAAAAUUGUACGAAAUGCAAGUACAGCAUGUGAAGGUUUAUGUAAAUGGAUUAUUGCAUUAGAUAAAUAUGACAAAGUGGCUAAAAUUGUUGCACCGAAAAAAGAAAAAUUAACUAUUGCUGAAUCUGAAUUAAAAGUCCAACUGGCUAAAUUAGCUGAAAAGAAAGCUGCGUUAGAUGAAAUUCAAGCGAAAUUUCAAGGUUUACAAGAUCAAUUAGAAGAAAUGCAAAAGAAGAAACAAGAUUUAGAAGAUAAUAUUGAUUUGUGUAGUAAAAAGUUGGAUCGUGCAGAAAAACUGAUUAGUGGAUUAGGUGGGGAGAAAACACGAUGGACUGAAGCUGCUGCAUUAUUAAAAGAACGAUAUGAAAAUAUAAUUGGAGAUGUUCUAUUAAGUGCUGGUGUUGUUGCCUAUCUUGGACCAUAUACUAUUGAUUUUCGUUCUCGAAUACAAAAUGAAUGGCAUGAAUUAUGUCAAAAAUUGGAAAUUCCUUGUUCUGAAGUGUUUCGUAUCUCUGAUACAUUAGGUGAUCCUGUAAAAAUUCGUUCAUGGAAUAUUGCUGGACUACCAGUGGAUAGCUUUUCUACUGAUAACGGUAUAAUUGUUACAAAUUCUAAUAGAUGGGCAUUAUGCAUAGAUCCACAAGGUCAAGCUAAUAAAUGGAUUAAAAAUAUGGAAAAAGAUAAUAAAUUACAAAUUAUUAAAUUAACUGAUACACAUUAUUUACGUACAUUAGAAAAUGCUAUACAGUUUGGUAUGCCUGUAUUAAUGGAAAAUAUUGGUGAAGAAUUAGAUCCAAUAUUAGAACCAAUAUUACAACGUUUAUUAUUUAAAACACAAGGAAGUUGGUGUAUACGCCUUGGUGAUAAUAUUGUUGAAUAUAAUUCAAAUUUUCGUUUUUAUAUCACUACACGAUUACGUAAUCCAAAUUAUUUACCUGAAAUUGCUGUCAAAGUAUGUUUAAUUAAUUUUAUGAUUACACCAAUUGGUUUACAAGAUCAAUUAUUGGGUAUUGUUACAGCGAAAGAGAAACCAAAAUUAGAAAUGAUUAAAAAUCAAUUAAUUAUUGAUACAGCUAAUAAUAAACGUCAAUUAAAAGAAUUAGAAGAUCAAAUAUUAGAAGUAUUAAAUACAUCACAAGGGAAUAUAUUAGAAAAUGAAAAUGCUAUUCAUAUAUUAAGUUCAUCAAAACAAUUAAGUAAAGAAAUAAUCGAAAAACAAUCUAUAUCAGAUAAUACACAAUUAGAAAUUGAUUCAACACGUAAUGUAUAUCGUCCAGUAUCUGAACAUGGUUCAUUAUUAUUUUUUUGUAUAUCAGAUCUAUCAAAUAUUGAUCCGAUGUAUCAAUAUUCAUUAACAUGGUUUAUUAAUUUAUUUAUAUCAUCUAUUUCUAAUAGUGAAAAAUCGCCUAUUUUGGAAGAACGAAUUGAAUUAUUGAAUAAUCAUUUUACACUUAGUGUUUAUCGAAAUAUAUGUCGAUCAUUAUUUGAAAAUCAUAAAUUAUUAUUUUCUUUAAUCAUGUGUUAUUCACUUAUGAAAAAUAAAGGGAAAGUAAAUGAAACAGUUUGGCGUUUUCUACUAACCGGUGGUGUUGCACUUGAUAAUCCUUAUCCAAAUCCAUGUCCUGAUUGGUUAUCAGAUAAAUGUUGGUCAGAAAUUGUACGUACAACAGAAUUACCAGGAUUAGAAGGAUUUAUGGAUAGUGUACAAUCUGCUUCAAAUGAAUGGAAAGCUAUGUAUGAUGAUUUAACACCUCAUAGAUUUCCUAUUCCUGGAGAAUUUUCAAAAUUAGAUGGUCUUGAAAAAUUGGUUGUACUACGAUGUAUAUGUCCAGAUAAAGUGAUCCCUGGAGUUCAAGAUUUUAUUGUACAAAAUCUUGGUCAACAAUUUAUUGAACCACCAACAUUUGAUUUACCCAGUUCAUUCGCUGAUUCCAAUUGUUGUUCACCAUUAAUAUUUAUAUUAUCACCUGGAGCUGAUCCAAUGAAUGCUUUAAUUAAAUUCGGUAUUGAUAUAGGAUAUACCAGGGAUCGUAUACAAACAAUAUCACUUGGUCAAGGUCAAGGACCAAUAGCAGCGAAUAUGAUUUAUCAAGCUAUUAAAAAUGGUACAUGGGUUGUAUUACAAAAUUGUCAUUUAGCUGUUAGUUGGAUGAAAUCAUUAGAGAAAAUAUGUGAAGAAACAAUUAUACCAAAUAAUGUAAACGAUAAAUUUCGUCUAUGGUUAACUAGUUAUCCAUCACCUGAUUUUCCUGUUACAAUAUUAGAAAAUGGUGUUAAAAUGACAAAUGAACCACCAAAAGGUUUGCGAUCAAAUUUAUUACGUUCUUAUUUAAAUGAUCCUAUAUCAGAUCCAAUAUUCUAUGAUGGCUGUACAAAAAAUCCUAUAUGGCAUAAGAUGUUAUUUGGAUUAUGCUUUUUCCAUGCACUGGUUCAAGAACGACGUAACUUUGGUCCACUUGGUUGGAAUGUUCCUUAUGAAUUUAAUGAAUCCGAUCUACGUAUCAGUGUACGACAAAUGAAGAUGUUUUUAGACCAAUAUGAUGAAAUUCCAUUUGAAGCAUUGACUUAUCUUACUGGUGAAUGUAAUUAUGGUGGACGUGUAACUGAUGAUAAAGAUAGACGAUUACUUAUUUCAUUAUUGGGUAUAUUUUAUAAUAAAAGAAUUAUUGAAGAAGAAAAUUACAAAUUUUCACCAUCUGGUAUAUAUUACUGUCCUGAUGAUGGUACAGCCCAACAUUUUAUUGAUUAUAUACGUUCAUUGCCAUUAAAUCCAAUGCCAGAAGUUUAUGGUCUUCAUGAUAAUGCCGAUAUCACUAAAGACAAUCAAGAAACUUUCCAAUUAUUUUCUGGAAUUUUAUUAACAUUACCAAGACAAAAAGAUACAGCUGGUAAAUCACCAGAAUCAAUUGUACAAGAAUUAGCUGCAGAUAUUUUAUCGAAACUUCCACCAGAUUUUGAUUUGAAAGAAGUAAUUAAUCAUUAUCCUGUCAAGUAUGAAGAAUCGAUGAAUACCGUACUUAGACAAGAAUUGAUACGAUUUAAUCGCUUAACUAGCAUUGUACGUACAACAUUAAUAGACUUACAAAAAGCUAUCAAAGGAUUAGUUGUUAUGUCAGCUGACUUAGAAGAUGUAUUUAAUUCAAUAUUAAUUGGAAAAUUACCAAGUGUUUGGGCAGCGAAGUCAUAUCCAUCACUUAAACCUUUAGGAAGUUAUAUACAAGAUUUACUAUAUAGAUUGAAAUUUUUCGCUGAUUGGUUAACUUAUGAUACACCACCGGUAUAUUGGAUAUCAGGUUUUUAUUUUACUCAAUCAUUUUUAACUGGUAUAUUACAAAAUUAUGCAAGAAAAUAUACAAUACCAAUAGAUACAGUUGGUUUUACAUUUGAUGUCACAUCAAAUUAUUUAAAUAUAAUUAAUAUAUUAGACAAUAUAUCAACUAUACCAAAAUAUCCAAAACAAUCAUUCAAUGAAAAUAGACGUACAUCAUUAAUUAUGAAUAAUGAUGUUAAAUUACAAAGAUCAAAUGAACAAUUUGGUGAUUUUAUCAAACCAAAUGAUGGUGCUUAUAUAACAGGAUUAUAUUUAGAAGGUGCACGUUGGGAUUUAAUGAGUAAUUGUUUAAAUGAAUCAAAAUCAAAAAUAUUAUUUGAUAUAAUGCCAGUUAUCUGGCUUAUUCCAAAAAAGUUAAGUGAAAUCAAUCGUGAAUCAACUUAUACUUGCCCAGUCUACAAAACAUCUGCUCGACGUGGUGUUCUAUCAACUACAGGACAUUCAACAAAUUUUGUAUUAUAUAUUGAUUUGAAAACAAAUCAACCACAAGAGCAUUGGAUUAAUCGUGGUGUAGCUGCUUUAUGUCAAUUAGAUGAUUAGAAAGUGACAUCAGAGAUAAUAUAUGUUUAAAUGAAUAACAAAUAGUGAUAUGCUGAAUGUAUGAGAACGUAGACAGUGAUAUCUAUAAAUAUUAGAAGUAAUAGGACGAAAUUCAUUUCAUACAGUAUUUUUUACAUUAAAGUUGAAGGAAGAAUUCAGUAAUGUAAAAUGACCUGAAAUAUAAUUUAGAUAAAUUUCUUUUAUGAUUACUGUUCCC